AUGAAAUUCAUCCUUGCAUUUCAGCUACUGCUGUUGACGCUCGCAUCCUGCUAUACGGGUGUGCAGCAAGUCCGACACGAUGAUACAUUCCAACCGCAUUAUAUCUUGCGAGUGAGCGAGAAGGAAGUCUCAAUUGCGUGCAGAAGCAGGCUGACUGCCCUUGUCAAUGGCACGACUCCCGGACCCAGUAUCCAUUUGCGUGAGAACCAGACUUCCUGGGUACGAGUUUACAAUGAUUUCACUUCAGAUAACUUGACUAUGCAUUGGCAUGGAUUAAGUCAAUCCGUGGCACCCUAUAGUGAUGGAACUCCCCAAGCCAGUCAAUGGCCAAUUAAGGCUCAACAUUACUUUGAUUACGAGCUCCGUCCUGCGGUUGGCGAGGCAGGAACCUAUUUCUACCACUCUCAUGUUGGCUUCCAGGCAGUCUCGGUGACAGGCCCAUUGAUCGUCGAGGAACAGGAUAAGCCGCCUUAUGAGUAUGACGAGGAGAGAACUAUUUUCCUCACCGAGCUAUUCAACUACACCGACAGCAGGGUCGUCCAAGGCAUCACAGCCCCAAUUUCCGACUUUCACUGGCCCGGCGAGGCAGCGUCUGUUCUGGUCAACGGAAAGAACUAUCCCGGCCUUCUUCCCAACGAAACCAACACCGUGCCCCCAUUCAUAAAGGCAAACCAUUCCAUUGAGCGGCCAUGCGGCCCGGAAGUCAUCAAGGUCAAGCCCGACCAGACCUACCGCAUGCGCACCAUCGGCGGAGUGGCUCUGAGCCCUCUGGUCUUUGGCUUCGAAGACCACGACAACCUAACUAUCAUCGCGGCCGACAGCCACUACACCCAGCCUGCCGAGACCGACAUGAUUCAAAUCGGCUCAGGACAACGCUACGACUUCCUCCUCCGCACCAAGACCGAAGAAGAGCUCGAGAAAGCCGGAAAGUCACAGUUCUGGAUCCAGAUCGAAACACGCUAUCGCCAGCAAAACAACACCUUCUACGCUCUUCUCUCAUAUGAAACGCCCACAUCCCACAACCAGACUAUUCCCACCCACCCUCCCACCCAGAAGCCAGUGCACCUCCCCAUCUCCACCCAACACUGGAUGGAAUACACCCUGCAACCUCUCGAGGACAACAACUUCCCAACCGCAGACCAAGUCUCCCGCCAAAUCUUCCUAACCUCCGCUCAAUUCGCCUCCGCCAGCGGAUCCGUCUGGACCAUCAACAACCACACCUGGACCGACAGCGGAAAGAACCAGGGGAGCCCCACGACCUUCAACCGCGGCCGAGCAGCCGACUCGCCCUACCUCGUGCAAAUCUAUAAGGAAGGCGAACGCGCGAUCCCGGAUUACGCCAACGCGGUGCAGAACCAUAAAGGCUGGGACCCCGUCUUCAACGUCUACCCUGCUCGGGUCGGCGAGAUCGUGGAUAUCAUCUUGAUCAACGAGCCGAAUGGUCAGAACGGUGGGCUUGAUUCUCAUCCGUGGCAUAUUCACGGGGAUCAUGUGUAUGAUUUAGGCGGUGGGUCGGGAGAUUAUAAUGCGACGGAGAAUGAACAAAGGCUGCAAGGCUAUCGGCCUGUUCUUAGGGAUACUUCGUUUUUGUUUCGGUAUAAUACUACCGGCGAGGACGUUGGGAUGGGGAAUGCAUAUACGCCUCAGGGCUGGCGGGCGUGGCGGUUGAGGGUGGAGAAUCCGGGAGUCUGGAUGAUCCACUGCCAUACCCUGCAGCAUAUGGUGGACGGCAUGCAAGCCGUCAUGGUGAUGGGGAAUGCAUCGGAGAUUACCCGUGGGACAUCGCCCGAUCUGGUGAAGGGGUACCUGUCGUAUGGGGGAGAUGCCUAUGGAAACGCUACGCAUGAUCCGCUCGUGAAUCAUUAUUUCGAUGAGUAG